AUGAGCAGCUGGUGGAUUUCCCUGAAACCUGCCCCAGCGGCUACCCUGAGGAAUGUUCUAGCGGCGGAAGCUACACUGAGUGCUGCCCAUCUGGUAACUGUUGAUUGGAAGGAAGUGACUAUUCUUUCUAUGCAUCACUUCCAAGGUCAAUUUCGUGAGAUGCGGCUUCGGAUUCUUUAG